GCAGAACCGCGUUUUAUAUGUACAAGUAUAACGCAAAAUGUGCGUCAUGACAGAAUUAGGUGGCGGCGGGAGCUUGUCCCCUUUCUCUUAUUGUUACUUGUUAUUAAGUGACAUGGAUAAUAUCCCCAAAAAUCCUACGCCGUGUCACUGAGUUCGUGUCCAUUUCUGCUUAGACCGCUUCCGCGUUUGAUAUGCAGCAUUCCCUGUUUGUAAAUGAAAGUGAAAGUAUUUUAACAAUACUUUAACUCUCCAUUUUGUCAAGAAACACGGAUAAGAUUCUGUAUUGCAAGAGGCCCCAGCAGGAGUCAUCUGGUCUAGAUCGGCACAGAAAUGGGGGGAGCUGCUUCUGAAAUGACCCCCCCAGCGGAGUGUAAAACAAAGAGAACUGAGAGUGUCCUGAUGGAGAGAGCAGGCUCACCUGUACCCAGCUGUGUUUCCAUGAAGAGUGACCAGUCAAUAGACCAACCAAUCUUCUUCAGAGAGGGACCUUUUCCUACAGAUCAAAGUGUCCUGAUGGAGAGAGCAGGCUCACCUGUACCCAGCUGUGUUUCCAUGAAGAGUGACGAGUCAAUGGGGGAACCAAUCACCUUCAGAGAGGGAUCUUCUUCAUCAGAUCACAGGGGCCGAGUGAAAAAAUGUAAUUCACAUCCACAUAAAGGAGACUUAUCAUCCAUCUUCAAGUUACUGGAGAAAAAAGCUCAAAUGUUUCUGAAGGAUGAGCUGAUGAAAUUCAAAAGGUACCUGGAUCAGAAUGACCCAGAAUGCUCUGAGCCUCAGCUGGAGGAGGACAAUGACCUGGACAGUGAUGGUCAGAUGCAGAAGACCUGUGGUAGAGAGGGAGCUCUGAAGAUCACACUGUACAUCCUGAGGACCAUGGAGCAAAAUGAUCUCGCUGACAUGCUGGAGAAGAGGCAUCUUCUGUCACAGUAUCAGCGCACAAUCAAAUGUAAUCUGAAGCAGAAAUUUGAGUGUGUAUUUGAAGGGAAAGCUAAGGAAGGACAGCCAACACUUCUCAAAGAGAUUUACACAGAACUCUACAUAACUGAAGGGGGAGCUGGAGGAGUCAGUGAUGAACAUGAAGUGAGACAGAUUGAAACAGCAUCCAAGAAAAGGGUAACAGAAGAUACUACAGUCAAGUGCAAUGAUAUAUUUAAACCCUUAUAUGGGCGUGUGACACCUAUCAGAACUGUACUCACGAAAGGGGUUGCAGGUAUCGGGAAAACAGUCUCUGUGCAAAAAGUUAUUCUUGACUGGGUAGAAGGAAAGGCAAACCAGGACAUUCACUUCAUAUAUGCUCUUCCUUUCCGGGACCUGAAUUUGAUUAAGGAUGAAUACAGUCUGAUUGAUCUGCUUCACCACUUUGUCCCUGAACUGAAAUCGAUUGAAUCCACUGAGCUGUGUAGGUACAAAGUUUUGUUGAUCUUUGAUGGUCUGGAUGAGUGUCGCCUUCCUCUAGAUUUUCAGAACAAUGAGAGCUGCUUUGAUGUAACAAAGAAAACAUCACUGGAUGUGCUGUUGACUAACCUCAUUAAGGGGAAUCUGCUUCCAUCUGCUCUCCUCUGGAUAACCUCCCGGCCAGCAGCAGCCAGUCAGAUACCUCCUGAGUGUGUCCACCAGGUGACAGAGAUACGAGGGUUCAGUGAUGCCCAGAAGGAGGAGUAUUUCAGGAAGAGAUUUAGUGAUCAGAACCUAGCUAACAGGAUUAUCACACAUGUGAAAUCUUCAAGGAGCCUCUUCAUCAUGUGCCACAUACCUGUGUUCUGCUGGAUUUCAGCCACUGUCCUUGAAAGGCUUUUUAGUGAGACUGACACGGGAGAAAUUCCAAGGACUCUGACUGAAAUGUACACACACUUCCUGAUCUUCCAGGUGAGCUUAAAAAAUGACAAGUAUAUGAAAAACUAUGAAACCAAGCUUAAGGAAUACAGCAAGGAAUUCCUUUUGAAACUUGGUAAACUGGCUUUUGACAACCUUGAGAAAGGCAAUCUCAUAUUUUAUGAGCAAGAUCUGACAGAGAAUGGUGUUGACGUCACUGAGGCUUCAGUUUACUCUGGAGUGUGUACAGAAGUCUUUAAAGAGGAGUAUGGGUUGUACCAGGAGAAGGUGUACUGCUUUGUGCAUCUGAGCAUCCAGGAGUAUCUCGCUGCUUUAUAUGUGUUUCUGUCAAACUCAUCAGCUGACCUGCUAAAGACUGCAGUGGAUCAGGCAUUAAAGAGCAAGAAUGGACACUUGGACCUCUACCUCCGCUUCCUCCUUGGCCUCUCAACAGACUCCAGUAAGAUUCUGUUACAAAAACUACUGGGAGAGACAAGACCCAGCUCACAUAACAUUAAGGAAACGGCCCAGUAUAUCAAGGAGAAAAUUCAGGAGAAUUUAUCUGCAGAAAGGACCAUCAACCUGUUCCACUGUCUGAAUGAACUGGGUGACAAUUCUCUAAUAGAGGAAGUACAAAGAUACCUGAGUUCAGGAAGUCUUUCAGCAGCAGACCUCUCACCUGCACAGUGGUCAGCUCUGGCCUUUGUGUUACUGAUGUCAGAUAAGGAGCUGGAUGUGUUUGAUCUGAAGAAAUACAUCAGAUCAGAUGAAGGUCUUCAGAGGCUGCUGCCUGUGAUCAAGAAAUCUAGGACAGCUCUGCUGGACAGCUGUAGACUCACAGAGACAUGCUGUGAAGUGUUGGCUUCAGCUCUCAGAUCAAACUCCUCUCAGCUGAGAGAGCUGGACCUGAGUGACAAUGAGCUGCAGGAUUCAGGGGUGAAGCUGCUGUCUGCUGGACUGGGGGAUUCACACUGUACACUGGAGAUACUGAGGUUGUCAGGCUGUAGAGUCACAGAAGAAGGCUGUUCUUCCCUGGCUUCAGCUCUGAGGUCAAACCCCUCACACCUGAGAGAGCUGGACCUGAGCUACAAUCACCCAGGAGACUUAGGAGUGAAGCUGCUCUCUGCUCUACUGGAGGAUCCCAGCUGUAAACUGAAGAAACUGAAGUGA